AUGCAACCGGCGGACACGCAGGCGCCGACAAUGGUAUCCGACGACAUGGAAGAAAUCGACUUCAUGACGGCCUUGACUAAGGCUACGAAAGGUCUUAACCUUUGCCCCAACCGCGUAUGGGCCGUUGCCGGGCGCAACUUGUCUAGGCUGAUGCCAGCGCACAUUCCGGCCCAAGGCCAUAAUGACGAGUAUGAGAAUCACGAGCUGUGUACAUACGAUCUGUGCGAGUAUUCGCAGCGCGACUUCACCUCGGUUGCGCAGCGCCACGAGUGUAGAGACAGCCUCUGCGAGCCGCUGCAGGGUCCAUUUUCGAGGGACGCGCUUCACCAAGCCGCAAUGACGGGAAACUCGACCGUCUGGCGCUUAGACGGAGCCUCGUUGGUCCAGCCGCCUCAGCCGUACAUGGCCAUCUCCCACGUCUGGUCGGACGGAACGGGAACUGGCGACUGGACCGAGGGAGAGGUCAACGAAUGCCUCUUUGGCUUUUUUAGCGGAAUCGCAUCGCAGUUUCAGUGCGACGGGAUCUGGUGGGAUACUCUUUGCAUCCCGAGAGAAAAGGCGGCUCGAAGCAAGGCGAUCCGGAAGAUCCAGAGAAAUUACCAGGACGCCCGAUUCACGCUGGUCCAUGACUGCUUCCUCCGGAAUUGGGAAUGGAACGCCGAAAACGCGUGCUUCGCCCUUCUCAUGUCGCCUUGGUUCAGUCGAGGUUGGACCGCACUCGAGUUGGCAAAGUCGCCCAAGGUCAAGGUGAUCUUCAGGGGGCCCUCGGGACCGCUGAUAAAGGACCUCGACGACCAGAUUCUCGCCAAUGACGAUGGCUGCUCGGAUGCCCACAAGAGAGCAUCCGAUAUCAUCAGGCGCCUUCGACGACCAAUCGAGACACUCGACGAUCUGUUGGCCGUCCUUGGCCCGCGCCACACGUCUUGGCCCAAGGACAAGGCCAUCAUCUCCGGCCUGUUGGUAGAUCUCGACAUGAAGUCUCUGUCCCUGCAGCAUGGCAUCUGGCAGCAGCACAUCUAUCAAGGCAUUCUAAGGAAGAUGGGCAAGAUUUCGCCCGGAUGCCUCUUCCACAAUGCUGCGACCAUGUCGAGAGGAUUCAGCUGGUGUCCGGUAGACCUAUAUAAGAUGCCAAGGAGCCCAUCCGAGGCCUCAUUAACAAUUGACGAAAAGGGCAAUGCCAUAGGAAUGUGGCGCGUGAUCCGCAUGCACGAUGCUCUCCAGCAGAGUUUCUUGUGGAAUGGCGUCCAUCAUCUAACCCAAGAGCGGCUUGUAGCUGCCCUACGAUGCCCAGCGAGAUGUGUCCUCUUGGCCGAGCCUGGAACUGGACCGGUGGGGAAAGCGCUGCUGGUCAAGGCCAUGGAACACAAAGGGAUGCCCAUGACGCUCUGCUGUCAAUAUGUCGGGCAAGUAUGGUUUCGCCAAGAAACUGCUCAAAGCGGGAACCUCGAAGACUGCAUCGAGAUGGAAGCCGUAGUGUUGGGCGAUGUGGACGAUGAGCUGGCCAUGGCUACUUGGAACGCUUGGGCGCUUGUCGAGAAUCUGCAGGCAAGAAUGGAUGCUGAGGACUCAGCCAGCAAGGAAAGGGCAUCGACGGGUCGGGAAGAGCCAAGAAACGGCACUCCGGGCAUAGCCUUGGCAAAAGUUGAUGAUGUCGAUGCCGUUUCGCAGAGAACGGCAUUGCAUGAUGCCAUCUGGAGAGGGGAUGACGACGUCCUCUUGGCGCCCGGCAACCCGAGGUCGCGGGACGGCAUCGGACAGGAGCCACUCCAUCUUGCGGCCGAGCGAGGCCUCGCCGACAUGGCUCUAUCUCUGCUCAACAAGGCAGACAGCGAGGCAGAGCGGGAGUCGAUGCUAGAGUCUCGAUGCCACCAGCGCCAGACUGCGCUGCACCGCGGCGCCUGGGGAGGUUCAGUCGCCGUUGUCGAGCUCUUGCUUAGGAGCGGAAGCAAAACAAACAAGAAGGACAAGGGGAAGAAGAUUCCGCUACAUAUAGCAGCCGAGAAGGGCCAUGCGGCCGUUGUCAGGCUCCUGCUCCGGAACAAGCGCGAGGUCUAUGAGGAAGACUUGAAGACUCUGACGUCGCUGCAUUACGCGGCCAUGCACGGACACGCAGCCGUGGCCCGGCUUCUGCUCGAAGCGGCGGCCCGAAUCGACACCAAGGACAGGAUCGCCGGCUGGACGGCACUUCACCACGCCGCAUACAGCGGGCACCACGAGGUGGUCAAGCUCCUGCUGGCCGAAGGAGCCGACGCCGGGGCCACAGAUGACAUGGUCGGCUGGACGCCGCUGCACAUGGCGGCCAUGAGCGGACGGCCGACGGCUGUCGAGCUGCUGGUCAGCCACGGUGCCGUCGUCGACGCCCGGGACAGCAAGGGCUGGACGCCGCGACGCCUUGCUGCCGCCGGCAGGCACGAGGCCGUUGUCAAGCUGCUACCGGGAGAAGACGCCGACGAGGGCUUCGACGAGAGGGACGUCGACCGGUGGACGACGCUGCACUGCCUGGCGAUAGAGGGCCAGCAACAGGGCUUGGUCCCGCUGAUGGGCGUCCCCCUCAAGUCCGGCGACAACAGCAAGGGCUGGACGCCGCUCCAUUGCGCGGCAAAGAACGGGCUCAGGGCAGUGGCCCAGCUGCUGCUGAUGGGCGAGGAGACGGCCGUCGAGGAGGACGACGGUGGCCGGAAGGGGUUCUGGCAGGGGGCCGGGCGGCGGCUGAAGACGUUUAAAAAGGCAUCGGUUCCGAGACACGGCGUCCUCGAGGCCAGGAACAAGGGGGGGAGGACGCCGCUUCAGCUGGCUGCGAAGACGGGCCAGGCGGCCAUCGCCCGGCUGCUCCUCGAGACGGGCGCCAACCAGGACGCCAAGGACCUGCUGCAAGCGACGCCGCUUCACCUGACGACCGUCAAGACCCGGUCGGGCAUCUCGGAAUGGGGCCAGGCGGCCGUCGCCCGGCUGCUCGUCGAGGCCGGCGCCAACAAGGAGACCAGGGACCACUCCAACUUGACGCCGCUGGGCCGGGCCGCCGCGAGCGGCCACUAUCCCGUCGCCCGGCUGCUCGUCGGGGCCGGCGCCGACAAGGAGGCUAAGACGAAAACGUGGAAGACGCCGCUGUUCCUGGCUUCGGCCAACGACCACAAGCAAGUUUCGCGCCUGCUGAUCGAGGCCGGUGCCAACAAGGAGGACGCGCGAAGCGUGCUGGGAGUGCCCAGGCCCUUUGCGAAGCGUCUUGGACAAACGGCCGGCUACGCUGCGGGAAUGGGGCAGGUAGCAGUAGGAGUCAUGGGAAGCUAUACAAUGGGCAAGAAUGUAAAAUUUUAG